AUGUCUGUUUUUCUCGAGAUGAAACCAAGAAGCGAGUUGGCGUCAUUGUUCAUCGAUAUUCCUCCGGAAUUUCGAGAAAAAAAUCGAUCAAAUCAACCUGAUAAUAACGAAAAGAAGAAAAUAAAAUAUGAUAACAUCGAUGUGGUUAGCCUUACCGAAAAGAGAAUUCGAAUUGGGGCUCCUCCAUCUGCACAACUUCUUAACAAAAACCAACAAGAGGUGCCAAAGGCAAUCUCAAUUAACAAUAAAAAGGGAACAGAAAAGAUUUCGAAUGACUCGUAUCCAAAAACAUCAUCGAACCAAUCUACACCAACGAAAAAAGUUAUCGGGAAGAAGAAGGCGAAAAAUGGAGAUGUAAAAUUCAUUCGAUUUGGUGGCACUCUUAAAUAUGCAACAAUGAACGUUAGCACUUUAUGUUCUCCAACAUGGGCUGAAAAUAAUCCUCGGCUUUUUAUGUGCAAAAUUCAAGUGGAACCCGAUCGUUUGCCAUUAGUUUCGAAAACUCUUCAUCGAAUAGCCACAGAUAUUUGUAAAAAGGAGAGUCUGAAUACAUUCGCUGAAAAAGGAAAUCCAAAAUUGAGAUGUUCUAAGUGUUCGUUGCAGAUUCUUUCUGAAGAGUACAUAAAAACGAUUGGAGUUCUUCCAGACGACAACUGGUUUUCCACUUCGCAAAGUGUCGAAUUUAGCUGUAGAGAUGCUUGUGGAGCUGCGUGUGAUCCUGAUAGACAUAAUCACAGCUCAAAAAAAGAACAAGGACCAUCACCUGAAUGGUUGCCGCACGAGAAGCGUAUUAUGAUAAGCUACGUGAAUACCACAGCCCACGCGUCCAGUGUUUUGAUUGACAAUAUUAAAACUUGUGAAAACAUUAUAUACUGUGGAGGAUGCAAAUCAGAAAUUGGAAUUGUUCUGAAGAAUCACUCGAAACUUUAUUGUUUCAAUCAUGUUGCUACGACUCUUACGGCAGGCUCAAAAAACACGUUAUUUCUACAGAAAUCUAUUUUUUCCAGAUUGUUUUCUACAUCCAUAUAUAUGUCACAGCUAAUCACAACCUGUUGCGAAUCGCAAGGAAGUUUGAAAUUAGUGAUUCGAUCAUUAGAUAAAAUUCCACAUUUAUUGAUUUGGCUCCUGGACUCCUACAUAGUUGUAGCAAAUGGCGAUUUACAAGGCUUAAAGAAUGAGGACGACGACGGUUUGAUACUCAAUCCAUUUCCUGCCAUCAAACUUCUUUACAAAGUUUUCACACACACGAGCGUGACAAGUGAUCCUCGAGCUAAUGGUGAAGACACUUCAGUUGGUAUUGUAGACAUACCGCUAUCUUGCUGUCAGCUGCUUGUCCAAAUGCUUCUCCAAAGCAGUUUACGAUUGCCGCCAGCAUGUCGUGCCGUCGGUCAAUUUUUCGUUGGAUAUUUACAAAUUGAUGAUCAUAUUUAG